AUGCGUCCCUCUAUUUCUCGUCUGGCCUCGUCGGUCACCAUCAGUCCAGUCUCCAAUACAUCAGUGUCUAUAUUACCGCCUUUACUUCUCUAUCGACGCCUACUUCGCGCUCACCGAACAUCACUUCCACCCGAGAUGCGAUCUUUGGGUGACGUUUACGUCAAAGACGAAUUCAGACGUUGCCGAUCAAUCGACAAUCCGAUUCAAAUCAUAGGCUUUCUUGGUCAGUGGAAAAUAUAUUUGGACACCUUAGCUAUUCAAAGUAAUGGAGGAGAUCAGGGAGUCAAAGUAGGUCGUCAACUCUCAGAAGAAGUCUUGGAGAAACUUUCGUCAGAGCAAAUUGGACAACUGUUCGAGUUGAUGAAGGCCACCAAGGAGAUUUGGGUCAAUCCGGACGAGGAAUCAUCUCAAAAAUGA